AUGGUGGGAUUUCGAUCAAAACCCAGCGUCGUGACAUGGCUUUUAAAGUAUCACCCAGCUUCCCAAAAAUCAGAACAAGAAGCCGACAAGAAGGAGGCCGAGAAGAAGGAGGCCGAGAAGAAGGAGGCCGAGAAGAAGGAGGCCGAGAAGAAGGAGGCAGAGAAGAAGGAGGCAGAGAAGAAGGAGGCAGAGAAGAAGGAGGCCGAGAAGAAGGAGGCAGAGAAGAAGGAGGCCGAGAAGAAGGAGGCCGAGAAGGAGGCCGAGAAGAAGGAGGCAGAGAAGAAGGAGGCGGAGAAGAAGGAGGCCGAGAAGAAGGAGGCAGAGAAGAAGGAGGCCGAGAAGAAGGAGGCCGAGAAGAAGGAGGCCGAGAAGAAGGAGGCGGAGAAGAAGGAGGCAGAGAAGAAGGAGGCGGAGAAGAAGGAGGCCGAGAAGAAGGAGGCGGAGAAGAAGGAGGCGGAGAAGAAGGAGGCCGAGAAGAAGGAGGCCGAGAAGAAGGAGGCAGAGAAGAAGGAGGCAGAGAAGAAGGAGGCGGAGAAGAAGGAGGCGGAGAAGAAGGAGGCAGAGAAGAAGGAGGCAGAGAAGAAGGAGGCCGAGAAGAAGGAGGCCGAGAAGAAGGAGGCCGAGAAGAAGGAGGCCGAGAAGAAGGAGGCGGAGAAGAAGGAGGCAGAGAAGAAGGAGGUUGAGGGUUCCAAGUCCUCGGAGAAAGAGGCCACAACAAAGCAGAAAGGGAAGGCGACCCCUUCGAAAGGCGGAGCAAGCAAAGAGACUGAGAAGGCUGAUGAAUCGAAGCCAGGGGCAGAUGCAGAAUCCUCAAAUGCGAAACUACCUGGUCGUAACACCAGGAAAAGCACUGGAUCCGAAAAGGGUGAGAGCACUGAAAAGAUGGAUGUUGAAGAGAAUGGAGAACCGGCUGACAAGGGUGGUGCUACCGAGAAGUCGGCAAAGAAGAGAGGCAGGAGCUCUCGAGGGUCUCUGGACGGAGGCGAGCAAGCGGCUGCUACUCCCAAUGAGGAAGAGAGGAAGAGCAAGAGGGAGAGGAAGCAAACUCAGUUUUACGAUGUGACUGCCGACGGAAGUUCCCCUGCCAAGAAGCCUGAGACGCCCGGGAAAGGAGGAGGAAGCCAAGGAGCGAAGUCGACUGCGUCACAGGAGGAAAAGUCGGGCUGGCCCGCCGCAUGGUACAAGCUGUUGGACAAGAAGUUCAAGAGCGAGGACAGCGACUCCAAUGAGGCGGACUUUCUGCGAGUCAUGAGAGGAAUCUCUAGCAGGAUUUAUGUUGGACGGCCUGUCCAAGUCAAGGAGGAAGGAGGAUGGAGCUCGGGGAUCGUCUGCGCUCCACCCAACAGUGAUGGUUCUGUGAGUGUUCUGCUGGAGAAGGGAGGAGAGAUCACCGUCGAGAGCGGGGAUGUCGAUUCCAAGAUUCGCUUUCAAGGCGAGGGCGCGAACAAUGUCGAGGUGGGUCGACACGUGCUGGUCAUGUUCGAAGGAGACAUCUUCUACGUCGGGGUUGUCGCCUCUGUGGAGAAGGAGAAGCAGGUGGUCAAGAGGUUCGUGGUGUUCUUCGAAGAUGGCGACCGCGCGGAGGUCGAAACGUCCGACGAAAGUUUCGAGCUGCUGCCGCAGGAGUGGAGCGAGCAUGUGCAGCGGAAGGGAAAGUGGGGAUGGUGGGGAUACAACAAGGACAGGAGCCAGCGAGCAGUAGAGGCCGAGGCCGGCCCGGACGAUGAGGCCAAGGGAGGCAAGGCCGAGGGAAAGAAGAGGAAGCGGCAAGCUGAGGAGGAGACGAAUGUAAAGAAGACUCCGAGCAAGACUAGCGGGAAGAACACUCCGAGCAAGACUCCAUCCAAGGGCAAGAAGAGUGCAGAAUCAGAGAACGAGGAAGCCAUCGCGAGCUACACGGAGCAGAUGAGAGGAAGCAACGUUCCCUUCUACGUGGGCUGCCCUGUCGAGUGCAAGGGGGCGGAGGGAGAAGGCUGGGUGAAGGGAAGGAUAACCAGCAAGGACGUCGACGGAGUGCAGCGCGUGUGUCUGGCGGGCAGCGAAGGCGUUGAGGUUCAAGUUUCUAACAAGACAGAGGCCGAUGAGGUUCGCAUUGACCAGGAGAGUCUCGGGGAGUUUGCGGUCGGUCGGCACGUGCAAGUCCUCUUCGAGACCCUCUGGUUCGUCGGCAUCGUCGUUGAGAUGGAGGUGGACGAGGGCAAGAAGCCCAGCAGGAUUCGCGUCCGCUUCGAAGACGGCGAGGAUAUCUGGGUCGACCUGCCGGACCCCAGCGCGAUCCUCAUUGCUACUCAGUGGAGCGAGGAGGUGGCCAAGGCCUGCACGUGGGGUUGGUGGGGGUUCAACGCGGACAGGAUGAAGCAGCUCCAGAAAUUUUUGAAGUGCGUCACUGAGCCUGUGCUGCUGGAGGAGGGUGACAGAGGAGGCAGGAACCAAGACAAGGAGAAGAAGGCGGAGACGAAGAGCACGGGAGGGAGGACGAGGAAAAGUGACACCGGCGAAGCUGGCAAGAGCAUCGAGGAAGGGGCUGGUGAAGACAAGGCGCCAGACACCCCGAGGACUUCGAGAUCAGGACGGCAAGUAGCACAAGAUUAUACGAAGAUGGCAUCGGGACAAGGCGGGAAGGAGGAGGAGGAGGAGGAGCCGGCAGAGCCGGCACGGAAGACCAAGGAGAGGAGGAAGUCAGGAGGUGGGAAGUCACCUGCAGGAAGUCAGAAGACGAAGUUGAACCAUAUCGCCCUCGCUCUCUCCCUCUGCGACAGUCUCACUCAGAUCGCGUUCGUCGACAAUUUCAACCUCAAGGCGCGCAACAAGUGGAAGGGGUUGAUCACAACUCAAGAUUGCUCCCUCAAAGAGUUCGGCGAUCACCUCAAGACAUUUGAGACCAACCUUGCUUCCUCUGCUAUGAACGACACCUACACUUCGCAACUGAUCCAUGAUGCUCAGGGCGUCCGUAGUGACCUGCUCAAGGAAAUCGCCGCCAGCAACACGGAAGAGAAAGCGAGGAGGAGCGUGCAGAAGCUUGCUUCGUUUGUUCGCAAAGUUCUCUUCAAGUCGGACCAGGAGCGUCAGCUCUGCUGCGGCUCCUUCGCCAGCUGA